UUGCAAGUAGCGCCCCUAAGUCUGGGGACCCCACCCCAGCGCCCCUUCCAAGCGCAAACCAGAACCCCAGCCACGGGGCUUUCUGGAUGCAAAGACAGACCCUCGGAUCAAGGAGCUGCCAUAUCAACUCCUCCGGCUACGGACAGCUCCCAUCACGCUGUCGGAUCCCAAUCCUAGCCCGGGGUCCCCGCGGCUGUAAAGAGCCCUUAGUCUUGGGGACCCACCACGCCAAGACCACCGAGCCGAAGGCAACCCCCUCAGCGACAUGCACUGCCACCCCUCCCCCCGCCCCCGUUAGCGUCACACCCUAUCCCAGGUUCCCCAGAUACAGAUUUCACACCCUAGGGCCCUAUCUGCCCCCCUGCCAGGGCCCUGGGCUGUAGUGACUUCACCCCACAAAUCUGAGCAUAUCAGGUCUGCUCUGGGAACCUCAACUCAGGGGCCCCAGGUACCGAGUGCCCCAGACGCCCUUCCUCCAAAGCCCCAUCCUAGAUUUAUAGCUUCAGUUUAUAGACCCUCAUCCCUCCACCUGCACCCCCCGAAUUAACUGUCACACUGUAUUUUGAAAUUCUGGGUGGUAAGGGCCCUCCCUGCACACCUUCCAGUAAGCUUUCUCUCAAAAUUUAAGCCCCAGACCCAGCUAUUUCCUCUCCCCCAUGUAGAUGUUUAUAUGAACCUCCUCCAUAGGGACUUGGGGGUGUCCACAGACCAGACCACAAACUUAGAGACCCUGCUCUGCUUCUGCCCCCAGGACAAGGUCCCAGUGUCUUCCUGCUGGGCCUACCGUUUCUGCUCCAGCAAGCACCAACCUCACCCCCUUCUCUGACUUCCACUUGAGCCUCACAAAUCUCAUUGCCAGGCCCCACCAGAGCCAAGUGAACCCAGGGGGUAAGGAAUUGCCUUUGAGAACUCCAGAGUCAGGUGACUGGGAGGCCCCUGUGUUUGGGUGUCGCUAGCUCAUCCAGCUUUAUUUAUUUGUCAAACAUUCUGACAUCCUUCCUUUUGCCCGCGGCAGGGGGACGGGGACACCACGCAUAGAUAGCCCUUGCCUGGGGUGAGAACGAGUCCACCACCACCUUUGGCUUUCCGCCCUGCCUGGCCAGGGUUUGCAUACCAUCUCUGCCAUAGCUGUGUGUGUGUGACCUUGGGCCCUUUGCUUUCUUGUUGAGUCCUAGGUCACCAGAGGCCUUUCUGGAUUUGCAGUUUCAUGUUCUGAGUCUGGUUUGUUUUUUUUUUUCAUACCUAACUUGGGCACCUGGCCCAUAAUGCCAUAGUGUCUUCAACCUGUUCCUGCAGCACCCAGCUUGUGGACCUAAAACCUCCUGUGCUCCCUGGGGCAGCCUGGACUUAGCAUCCUGACUCCGCUUCUUAACUGUGUGACCUGGGCCAAGGGGCUAGCCCUCUCUGAGCCUCAGUUUCAUCACCUCUAAGAUGGGCAAGCGCUUCCAGGAGUGGUGCUGUGUGGUCCUGUGCUUCAGCCUCAUCGCCUACAACGUGGUCCACCUCCUGCUGUUGACCCGCUGGGAGCAAACGCCCCUCGUUAUGCUGGGCAUGGUGGCAGGGGCUCUGCUUGCUGACUUCCUGUCCGGCCUGGUGCACUGGGGAGCCGACACCUGGGGCUCCGUGGAGCUGCCGAUCGUGGGGAAGGCUUUCAUCCGGCCAUUCCGGGAGCAUCACAUCGACCCAACAGCCAUCACCCGGCACGACUUCAUCGAGACCAACGGGGACAACUGCCUGCUGAUGCUGCUGCCACUGUUAAACAUGGCCUACAAGUUCCACACCCAGAGCCCAGAAGUCCUGGAGCAGCUGUACGCCUGGGAGUGCUUCGUCUUCUGCCUGAUCAUCUUUAGCACCUUCACCAACCAGAUCCACAAGUGGUCGCACACGUACUUCGGGCUGCCACGCUGGGUCAUCUUCCUGCAGGACUGGCACGUCAUCCUGCCCCGCAAACACCAUCGCAUCCAUCACGUCUCCCCCCACGAGACCUACUUCUGCAUCACCACAGGCUGGCUCAACUACCCUCUGGAGAAGAUGGGCUUCUGGCGACGCCUGGAGGACAUUAUCCAGGCCCUGACAGGCGAGAAGCCUCGGGCAGACGACAUGAAGUGGGCGCAGAAGAUCAAAUAACUCCUCCAGGCCACCACCUCAUUGCCAGCCUUCCCCAGCUCCCCCAAACUGAAGCCAUCUGCCAAACUCCAGCCACCUUGCGCUGGCCACUCCAGGUGGAGAGGACACCUCCUGGGCUGGGCCCGGGCACCUCCAGCCCACCCACACCCCCUUGUGACACAAUACUUGAGCCACUGAUUUUUUUCAUUUCCUUCUUUUCAUUUUUCCCCCCUUGGCCCCUCCCUAGGCACCUGAGCUGCUGUCUGCCAAGCCUGACUCUGCAAAAAAAGAAAAAGAGCCCAGCCCUUUCAGCCAUCCCCUGGGCUGAGGACAAGCUCACAGGCCCCCCACACUCCCACCACCCCCUGCCCCACUGGGAGCCCUUCAGCGUGGCUGAUAUCGGGACACUGACCUGUUCCUGUCUGUCUGCCCGCAGAGCUCUAGGAGCCCCCGGGCACAGCUGAGUGUCCCUGGACCGUCACCCCGCUGUGGCCCUGCAGACUGGACUCUGAAGGCCUGGGUGGACAGACAGCCCCAGUCACCACCUUCAGCCUAGCUUGUCCACCCAAGGGCGGCAAAGUGCAGCAGGGGUCUGGGGGCAGCCGGCCAGACAAAGCCAGAAUUUCCUGAUCGAGUCUGGAUUCCAUUGUCCCCGACCUUUCCCCCAUCUGCCUGUGUGAUUCCAGCCAGAGCUGACGUUUCUAAUCGGAGGAUGUCUUUGAAGGGCACAGCCCCUGCAAAGGGUCUUGGUCAUUGGAAAGGGACACGGUGUCCCUUCUGACUUGAGGGUAUGUCAGAGAAGGAAGAGUGGGGCUUUUUUGUUUCGGUUAUUUUUUUUUUUAACGGUGCUUGCUUGUUUAAUGUAAAUAAUAGAAGGCCUUAAUAUCUUUUCUGUAACACGGAGUAAUAUUUUAAUGUCAUGUUUUGGAUGUACAUAAUAUAUUUAUAACAAAGCAGCAAGAGUCUACUUAACCUGGGCUGCCUCCUGGUUCCUGAUUGGCUGGGGGAGGGGAGGUAAGGAGGCUGGAGGGUGAGGCCCCACCCACCCCUGUUCCCAGCUUCCCCCGCAGCCCUCUGCUAAGGAUGGAGGCUUUGUCCCCCGAGACAGUGAAUCAGUGUUGACAUCUGCUCCAGACCCUUCUGGAAGGGGGACCCGUGAUUCUGUGAGGAAUUUUCAUGUAGGAGAUCAUGGUGAGACAUGGAGGCAGAGCCCUACUGAGGAAUUCCUUCUGCAAAGGUUUACUGGCAUCUGGUAUGUGCCAGGCUCUGGCCUGGACACCAGGCAUGGAAAUGAACCAACAAACAAGGACCUCCCCUGGAGGAGUUGACUUCCUGGGGAGAGACAAUAAACAUAAAUAAAUGCA